AUGCCCCUCCUUUCACUCCCAAAGGAUCCCUCCACGAUGGAGGCAGCGGCGGUCGUUAAGGCCAUGCACGUUGACCCGAGGCGUGGACUCUCUGCAGCGGAGGUGGAGAAGCGACGCGGAAAAUUUGGUCGUAACGAACUCCCCACGGAGCCGCCAACCCCUUUUUGGAAAUUGGUUCUGGCGCAGUUUGAGGACACUCUAGUUCGCAUACUCCUGCUUGCAGCCAUGAUGAGCUUCAUGAUGGCUCUUAUUGAAAAGAAUGUCAAGGAUUUUGUGGAGCCGUUUAUUAUUCUCCUCAUUCUCGUGCUAAACGCAGCGGUUGGGGUAUGGCAGGAAAACCGUGCGGAGGGUGCAAUUGAGGCACUCAAGUCAUUCGUUCCCAAACUUGCAGUGGUGUUACGCGAAGGCAAGACUGUCACGGUGGAAGCAGAGGAUUUGGUGCCUGGUGACAUUGUAGAGGUGGCGGUGGGGAACCGUGUUGCUGCGGACAUGCGUGUAUUAGAGUUGCAUAGCACGACCCUGCGCGCUGAUCAGGCAAUUCUUAACGGGGAGUCCGUGGAGGCAAUGAAGGGAGUAGAGCCUGUAGGUGGUCAUCAUGAACGUUUCCCAGCAAGCAUGGUGUAUAGCGGAACAGCGAUUGUAUACGGCAAAGCGCUUUGUGUUGUGGUGCGCACCGGUGCUUCCACGGAAAUCGGCUCCAUUGAAAGAAAUGUGCGGGAGCAGGAGGACGUGAAGACGCCGUUGCAGGUUAAAUUGGAUGAGUUUGGUGUGCUGCUAUCCAAGGUGAUUGGUUACAUUUGCCUAGCAGUAUUCUUGAUCAAUAUGGUGCGCUGGUAUACAGUGCACAUACCGACGCCCAAUGAGCCAUGGUAUGAGCGCUUCAUUGCGCCGGCAAUACAUUGUUUGAAGGUGGCCAUUGCGCUGGCUGUUGCGGCCAUUCCAGAGGGUCUUCCGGCGGUCGUCACUACAUGUUUGGCUCUUGGCACGCGACGCAUGGCGCGGCAUCACGCCUUGGUGCGAGAUCUUCCAAGUGUUGAGACCCUGGGCCGUUGCACUGUCAUUUGCUCGGACAAGACGGGUACAUUGACGACAAACAUGAUGUCCGUGAUGGAGAUCUUUACAAUGUGCUCGAAUGGCGCACUGAGGAACUAUGAGCUGAAGGACUCCAGGUUUAACGUGGUGCCAAAUGUUGUGACAUCUGACGGCAAACCGGUAACCUCAGCCGUAGAGUCGGACGCGGCUCUCGCUAUGUUAUCUAACAUUGCCGUCCUUUGCAAUGAUGCCUCACUACACUACAAUACGACCACGGGUCAGGUUGAGAAAAUAGGAGAGGCUACAGAGGCGGCAUUGCUCGUGAUGAGCGAAAAACUCGUCCAUCCCACAGAUCCUACUGCUGUCUGCGACUUCCGCAAACGUGCCGAACAAAAGUGGAUUAAGAACACAACGCUGGAGUUUACUCGUCAACGCAAGUCUAUGAGUGUGCAUGCCACAGACGCGGCUUCUGCCAGGCUGAACAGUUUAUUUGUAAAAGGGGCCCCAGAGGAGGUUCUGCGACGCUCAACGCAGUUGAUGCAAGACAACGGUGUUAUUGUUCCUUUGAAUGACGCACUGCGUUCACGGAUUAUGGCGAAACUGGAUGCCAUGUCUGGCAGUGAGCACGCACUCCGCUGCAUUGGUUUUGCUUUUAAGCCAACUCUCGCUGUACGGGAGCUAAAGCUUACCGAACCGGCUUUAUUUGAGCAGGUUGAAUCGGAUCUAACAUUUGUUGGGGCAUGUGGCAUGAUUGAUCCCCCGCGUGAGGAGGUUGGGGAGGCCAUUACAAGCUGCCGCACAGCCGGGAUCCGUGUUGUGGUCAUCACCGGCGAUCGUAAGGAGACUGCAGAGGCCAUAUGCAGGAAACUUGGUUUGAUGCCUGCGACAGAUACUGCUGGGUUAAGUUACACGGGAGCUGAACUUGAUAUGAUGAGUCUUGCAGAGAAACGAAAGGUUGUGAUGUCGGCAGUACUUUUUAGUCGCACGGAUCCUUCUCAUAAGAUGCAGCUUGUGAAAUUACUACAGGAGCAAAAACUUAUUUGUGCCAUGACUGGCGAUGGAGUGAAUGAUGCCCCCGCGCUGAAAAGGGCGGAUAUUGGUAUCGCCAUGGGGAGUGGUACGGAGGUGGCAAAGGCGGCGAGCAAGAUGGUGCUGGCGGAUGAUAAUUUUGCUACAGUUGUCAAGGCGGUGGGGGAGGGUCGUUCAAUCUUCAACAACACAAAGCAGUUUAUCCGCUACCUGAUUAGUAGCAAUAUUGGCGAAGUGGUGUGUAUUCUCCUGACAGGUCUCUUUGGUCUUCCUGAAGCCCUCUCACCUGUCCAGCUGUUGUGGGUGAACCUAGUAACGGAUGGUCUUCCCGCUACUGCACUCGGUUUCAACGCGGCGGAUGAGGACAUCAUGGAACAGCCCCCGCGUCACGUUGAUGAGCCCAUUGUGAAUGGAUGGUUGUUUCUACGCUACAUGGUGAUUGGCGCAUAUGUAGGUGUCGCGACGGUUGGCGGGUUCUUGUGGUGGUUCCUCAGCCACGGAUUCAGCUGGCGCGAGCUCACCACCUACGCGGCUUGCACCAAUAUGCAGGAUGCAAAGUGCGCCAUACUUGCUGACCCGGAGGCAGCGCGUGCCAUAGCACUGUCUAUUCUUGUAUUGGUUGAGAUGCUUAAUGCACUGAACGCGCUAAGCGAGAAUGCCUCUCUCAUCACGACACGGCCAUCCAGCAACAUCUGGCUCUUGCUCGCCAUCUUCUCCUCGCUUGCGCUGCACCUGAUGAUUAUGUACGUGCCCUUCUUGUCGGCUCUUUUUAACAUCGCCCCACUCGGUGUUGAUCCUCAAAUUGUGAAGCAAGCACAACCGUUUAGUAUUCUUGUCCCGUCCAACUUUGAUGACUGGAAGGCGGUGAUCGUAUUUAGCGUGCCAGUAAUCUUAAUUGACGAGCUGCUGAAGUACAUCACCCGGCAGAUGCAUGCCCGUCAAGAAAAGAAGAGCAACUGA